GUCUGUCUCCCCUUAUGUAGAUCUUCGCACGUUACGAUUUAAGAGGACGAGAGAGAGAGAGAGCUUCUCCGUAAGUUCCAUAUGCUAACACUGCUCCACUAGAAACCACCUCCUCUCUCUCUCACUCUCUCUCUUUCUGUGUCUCUAUGUAGCUUUUUGAGAUUUCUCUGCAACUCUCUUGGCGUUGCUUCACCUUCCUAAGCAGAAAUUUCACGCCACGCCUCUUGAAGCUCAUCCAUCGCGGAAAUGGCGUAUGUUCGUCGAUUUCUGUUUUCUCUGUCCAACCUCUGAAUGUCUCAGAAAUGUGGUGAAAGCUACUGAUCUUUGCUUGACACAAAUAGUGCUUCACAUGGCCACAUCAUUCACAUAGUGGAGUUCGUAUGGGACGUUCUACUUUCAUUGUGCGGACGAAAUGUAGUUCAAUCACUAGAAUGUUCAAGCUUGCAAGAGUUAAUUAUUUCUCUUAAUUUGUAUAUCUCGACAAAAAAAACAAAAAAUUUGGGGGUUUUUUGGAAUGUACAGUUAGUUUUCGAGGUGCUAGAGGUUCAGAUUUGAUGAAACUUUAGAGUAUUUGUUUCGAUUGAUGGGGAAAUUUCACUGGUUUAAGCAAAUUGGCAACAACGGCAAGCUCGAGAGGCGACUCUCUCUAGGAGAGUACAAACGAGCGGUGUCAUGGUCCAAGUACUUGGUCUCGUCUGGUGCGGAGAUAAAAGCGGAGGGAGAAGGGCAAUGGAGUGCCGAUAUGUCACAGCUAUAUAUAGGGAAUAAAUUUGCUUCAGGAAGGCAUAGUAGGAUAUAUAGGGGAGUAUAUAAGCAAAGGGAUGUGGCAAUUAAGCUUAUAAGCCAGCCUGAGGAGGAUGGAGACUUGGCUGCUUUCCUGGAGAAGCAAUUCACUUCGGAGGUUGCAUUGUUGUUUCGAUUGCAACAUCAGAAUAUCAUCACUUUUGUUGGUGCAUGCAAGAAACCCCCUGUAUUUUGUAUCAUUACCGAGUACUUGGCUGGGGGCUCUCUGAGAAAGUACCUCCAUCAGCUGGAGCCAUAUUCACUUCCCCUUGACCUAGUUCUAAAGUUGGCCCUUGACAUUGCGCAUGGGAUGCAAUAUCUUCAUUCUCAAGGGAUACUUCACAGGGACCUUAAAUCCGAAAAUCUACUGCUUGGUGAAGAUAUGUGUGUAAAAGUGGCAGAUUUUGGUAUCUCAUGCUUGGAAUCUCAAUGCGGCAAUGCAAAAGGAUUCACAGGUACAUACCGUUGGAUGGCGCCAGAAAUGAUCAAAGAAGAACACCACACAAAGAAAGUUGAUGUUUACAGUUUUGGGAUUGUCUUGUGGGAGCUUCUGACCGCGUUGACACCAUUUGACAACAUGACCCCAGAACAGGCUGCUUUUGCAGUCUGCCAGAAGAAUGCUAGACCACCUUUACCCUCUGCGUGCCCUAGGGCGUUUUGUCAUCUCAUUAACAGGUGCUGGUCUAGUAAUCCCAAUAAGCGACCACAUUUUGAGGAGAUUGUGACAAUACUGGAGAGUUAUGCGGAGUCUCUUGUGCGGGAUCCAGAAUUCUUUUCCUCUUAUGAACCUCCUGAUGAUCAUACUCUUUUGAGAUGCCUACCAAAGUGUAUUGCUGCCCAUACAUCUGCUUCUAUAAGAGCAUAACAACUCAUGUUUUUUCUUGCCUAGGUCUCUGUGUGCAAUUAUGAUUAGAGACUUUUAUGUACCAAUAUGUUUAUUGUCUGUAAGAAUAUGUUGAUAGUUUCUUUCAGUGUUAUGCUAUUGAUUUCUCUCCAAAUUUUUGUGGGUGUCAAAAACUGAAACUCCUUUUGUUUGCUUUUCUG